AUGAGGCAGAACAUGUUUCAGGAGGGACUGUACCAAGUAUUUUUUAAGGAUACACCCUCACCAUCCCCACAAACUGAGGUCACCAAUAAUGGAGAGCUAAGCAAUGCCAGGAUUCAUCGUUGGUUCGGGGCUGUGGUUAAUACUAGACUUUUAGUCAGUGGGGUGAUUCAAAUCCUCAGUGCCUUAGCUUGCAUACUAACCACAAUCACUCACGCAUGUGUGAGCUACAGCUGUGCUGUCUCCAUGACAACACCAGCAUGGUCAAGCAUAUUUUAUGUGGCUGCUGGGUGUCUUGCAAUAGAGGUUCAAAGAAAAGCGAAUAAACUGAAGAUCAUCGCUCUGAUGGGUGUGAAUGUCUUUAGUCUCGUGUUUGGAUUCUCAGCUUUGCUGGCCAACGGUAUCAGAGCUGCACAAGUCGUCACACUCACUUACCAACAGCGCGCUGGUUCUUAUGUUGCAAGGGCGAGCACCAUAGUGUUCACCGUACAUUGCUUGCUGGCAUCACUCUACAUACUUUUCCUGUCCUGGAGGGGUCUGCGCCGCUACAGUUCUCCCCAUUUUCAGGUUUACAGUCGCGUCUCACAGGAUCCAGAUGAAACCAAUGGGCCUCUCCUGGAACAAGUGGAAUUUAAUAUGUGA